AUGCGUCUCAUCUCUCAGGAUACUAUGUCACAGUAUUCUACUAACUUUCUCUUGCUCCCCAUACCAGAGUAUCCUGUGUUAGACUGCGUGCCCAACAAAAUCAUCAAGCUGGUGGUACUGGGUGGCAGUAGCGUUGGCAAGACAGCCCUGGUUGUGCGUUUUCUCACAAAGAGAUUUAUUGGAGACUAUGAAGCCAAUACUGGUGCUUUGUAUUCAAGAAAGUUCACCAUAGAUGGGGAACAGAUCUCUCUACAGGUGCAGGAUACUCCCUUUGUUUCAUUGGAGGAUGACACUGACAGCAUAUGCUGCCAAGAGCAGAUAAACCGUUCAAUCUACUGGGCAGAUGGCUUCGUUUUUGUUUACUCCAUCACAGACUAUGAGAGCUACCGAGUCAUCCGUCCCCUACACCAGCACAUCCGCAAGAUUCACCCGAAUGCUAACAUUCCCCUGCUUCUGAUGGCGAACAAAGGAGACCUCCUGCGAGCCAGGCAGGUGUCCUCCAAAGAAGGACUCCAGCUGGCCAGUGAACUAGGAGGUACUUACUAUGAAGUCUCAGCCCGGGAGAACUGUGAGGGAGUGCAUGAAGCCUUCCAGCAGCUUUGCCAGGAGGUCAGCAGGAUGAUUGGGAGCUGCAAUGGAGAGAAACGAAGAGGCCUCCACCUUGUCCGACCCAAGUCUCCAAAUAUGCAGGACUUAAAGAGACGUCUGAAACAGGCUCUGACUUCCAAAGGGAAAUCUGCCACUACGCUUUGAUGUAGCAGACAGAAAUUGUUUUCCACAGCCCUCAAAAAGAGGCAAGAAAAUAAGCUGGUAAUAAGAGGCAUCGCUGAAAUGCAGCAAUCAGGUUGUGUGAGAGGCUCUUUCAUUUUGUCUUUACAUCUUCGUUAAAAAUCCCGUGCUCAUUCAGCAAAGGAACUUACAGAAUUUGCUCUUCGGGGCAAGAAUUUAGAAACUGUGAUUUUAAAAAAAGAUUGUCCCAAAUUAUUUCCUUUUUGAAAGGGACACAGUCAAGUAGUUUAGGCUUAAAA